CAGCUGCUGGAACUUCGCAAGCUCUUCUUCCCAAAGCUGGUGAGCCCCGAGCUGGGCUUGCUCUGCCUCCACUCGGUCGCUCUGAUUUCCAGGACCUUCCUCUCCAUCUAUGUGGCUGCCCUCGAUGGGAAGAUUGUGAAAAGCAUCGUGGAAAAAAAGCCCAGGAGCUUUGUCUUCAAAUUAAUCAAAUGGCUGAUGAUUGCAAUCCCGGCCACUUUUGUCAACAGCACCAUACGGUACCUGGAGUGCAAGCUGGCCCUCGCCUUCCGCACGCGCCUGGUGGAUCGCGCCUAUGAGACCUAUUUUGCCAACCAGACUUACUACAGAGUGAUCAGCAUGGAUGGGCGGCUGGCCAACCCUGACCAGUCCCUCACCGAGGACAUCAUGAUGUUCUCACAGUCCGUGGCACAUCUCUACUCCAACCUCACCAAGCCCAUCCUGGAUGUCAUGCUCACCUCCUACACCCUCAUCCGCACAGCACGGUCCCGGGGGGCUAACCCCAUCGGGCCCACGCUCCUGGCUGGGCUUGUCGUCUAUGCUACGGCCCGCGUGCUCAAAGCCUGCUCUCCCAAGUUUGGCAAGCUGGUGGCUGAGGAGGCGCACAAGAAGGGCUAUCUGCGCUUCAUGCAUUCACGCAUCAUCGCCAACGUGGAAGAGAUCGCCUUUUACCGAGGGCACAAGGUAGAAAUGAAACAACUGCAGAAAAGCUACAAGGCUUUGGCAGAUCAAAUGAAUCUCAUUUUGUCCAAACGUUUAUGGUACAUCAUGAUAGAGCAGUUCCUGAUGAAGUAUGUCUGGAGUAGCUGUGGUAUGAUUAUGGUUGCCGUGCCCAUCAUCACCGCAACGGGAUUUGCAGAUGGCGAACUGGAAGAUGGCCAGAAACAGGCAAUGGUUAGUGAAAGAACAGAAGCUUUUACUACAUCACGAAACUUGCUGAUCUCUGGAGCAGAUGCUAUUGAAAGGAUUAUGUCUUCAUACAAAGAGGUUACUGAGCUAGCGGGCUACACCGCCCGCGUCUACAACAUGUUUUCAGUCUUUGAUGAGGUGAAGAGAGGCAUCUACAAAAGAACUGCUGUUAUUCAAGAGUCUGAAAACAACAGCAAGAAUGAAGAUAAAGCAGAAUUACACAUCGAUGGGCCCUUAGAAAUCAAAGGUAAAGUUAUUGAUGUUGAUCAUGGAAUUAUUUGUGAAAAUGUUCCUAUUAUUACUCCGAAUGGCGAUGUGGUGGUUUCCAGACUAAACUUCAAAGUCCAGGAGGGAAUGAAUCUUUUAAUCACUGGACCCAAUGGCUGUGGGAAGAGUUCGCUUUUCAGAAUUUUAAGUGGUCUGUGGCCUGUGUAUGAAGGAGUUCUCUACAAACCCCCUCCACAGCACAUGUUUUAUAUACCACAAAGGCCCUACAUGUCCAUUGGAACGCUACGUGAUCAAGUCAUCUAUCCAGACUCAGUGGAUGACAUGCAUGAGAAAGGCUACCAAGAUCAAGAUCUGGAGAGUAUCCUGCAUAUGGUUCAUCUGUACCACAUAGUUCAAAGAGAAGGAGGCUGGGAUGCCAUCAUGGAUUGGAAAGAUGUCCUAUCAGGAGGAGAAAAACAGAGGAUGGGCAUGGCUCGGAUGUUUUACCAUAAGCCGAAAUACGCAUUGCUGGAUGAAUGCACAAGUGCUGUAAGCAUUGAUGUUGAAGGAAAGAUCUUCCAAGCUGCAAAAGCUGCUGGGAUAUCCCUGCUUUCUAUAACACACAGACCUUCUCUUUGGAAGUACCACACUCACUUGCUGCAGUUUGACGGGCAAGGUGGCUGGCGUUUCGAGCAGUUGGACACCGCUAUCCGUUUAUCACUGAGUGAGGAAAAACAGAGACUGGAAUCCCAGCUUGCAGGAAUUCCUAAAAUGCAGCAGAGACUGAAUGAACUGUGUAAAAUCUUGGGAGAAGACUCAGUGCUUAAAACAAUGGACACAGAGGAAUAAAUAAUUUAUGGUUUAUGUUUUUAAAAGUAUUUUUUUAGUUGAAAGCAUUACAAAUUCAGCCAUUAUCCUUUGCAUGCAUUGUGAUAGAGGCUUAGAGCAUAGAGAAGCACAGCCAGCAGAAAAUAAUGCUCUGAAUGCUAUGUAAGACUUUAGCAUUUUAGUACUAAGGAAGAAAGUGGUCGAACUGUGAAAAGAAAAUAAGCAAGUGCAUAGAGUAUAAGAUUAGGCUUUGCAGCUUAUGUUAAUUUCUAGUGAAAGCCCAAUUCACUGCAAAAAACUACCAACACAUUUAGGUUUUGUAGGUGAAUUUUUGCCUGAGACUUGGCCGGCAGAAUGUGCUCUUGUACCAGGACACUGUGCGUAUGAUAUGCCUGCUACGCAGAGCAAACCUGGCAUGAAACUCAGGCAUGGAGCACGGCAGAGGCAGCAUCUGGGUGAGUAUGCAGAUGUAUGCAAAAAUCUCAUCUGGGUAUAAGAACCAUUCUUUUAGCCCAUGUAAAACCAAACUCCUGUUCUACUACUGAAUCGCAUACACACCUUUACCUGCAUUUCCAUAGGAAAUAAUGUAAUAGGCUGACCAGAAGGCAACUGUCCGAGCAACCCACUGCCUUCGCAACAGAGAAGCGGGGAUAGAGCUAAAUAUGUAAGAUACUUGUGCUGUACUUUAUGCCAUUAUGCAUAGCUUCAGAGGCUCUUUGCCCUUCAUGAUACAUCAGUUCCUUUGGGGGAUUAUUUAUGUCCCCUAUUUAGUAACCUUGGGGGCGGGUGGGGGGAUGGAGCACUGGGCCUGGCAUCAAGUGACUUAGUUUUUGCUUGACUAAGUCAUUCAUCUGCUCCAUGAUCUGUGAAAGUUAGAGCAUUUUGUAACCACUAAUUAAUAUACCUGCCAUAUUUUGGUAGAGUGGCUGAACACUGCCCUCCCCGUGAGCAAACGCACCAGAUAACAGCUUUGCUUUCUGAUGCACUCACUGAUUGUCCCAUCUGCUUUUCCGUUCAGUAGGAACCUGGUCCCCAGUCAGCCAGAAAGUGCUUUAAACACAAACCCCUGAGACAGUGCUGGCCUGAGUGCCUUGCCAGAGGCAAAACCCGGUGAAUUAGAAAUAAAGAUGUGAAUUGAUUUAAGAGCUCCUGAUCUGCUCCCUCUGACUGCAAGUGCACAGCAAAUGGGCAGCUUGGGAGUGAAGAUCAGGAGGGGUAAGAGGCUUUGCAGAUGGGUAAAUGAGCCUUAGCCGAGAUGCAGCAGUCCUGAAGUUUGUUGGUUCUUCUUCUUCCUAGAAGCGUGAUUCCUUACAAGAUUUCUGUCUGGUGGGCCUAGUCUGAGAGGGGCAAUGCACAAGCUGUUAAGAGAGAAGUAUUUUAUGGGUAUUUGCAGAGCUGGAAAGGUUUGAGCACCCUGAAGUUAAUAUAAACUAUUUCCCUUUUCUGACACUUCAGGAACAAGGGGAAGAUGAAUUAAUUCCAUCUGCCAAAUCCCAGUCCAGUGUGCUAACCAUUAGCCCAUCUCCCUUCUCACUGUGUGCUCGUCUUGCUGCUUGAUAUGGAGCUUGCACCAGAAAAUGGAGUAAGUUCGCUCCCUGUCCUGCUCCUCCAGAGUCUGUAGCUUGACCCUGUAACUUGUCCUGGUGACAAGUUUGUUCCUCUCAUUAGUUUUCUCUGUAGAGUCCCCUGGGACAUCUCACUGACACAGAAAGGAAUGCUCUUGGGAACCUUUGAAAGGGAUGAGAAAUUAAGGUUCAAGAUAAUAAGGUGUUGUGUUGUAAAGUGCAGACUGGAGGUCACUGCUGUGGUGGAUGACAUGUGCAUGCAUUUUAAUUUGCAAGUGUCUCUGCUUGUCCCACUCCCCGAAGGCUAGCUUUCCUCCUUCUCAUCUUCAGAGAAAAAUUCGGAACUGCUAAGGAAAAAAAGAAGUCAGCCAAGAAUCUGUUCUCGGUGAGCUUAAAUGAGAUGACUGAUGAUCUUAAAGGCUUGCACAUUUCUGAGUUAUGUUUCUCUAAGAUGGUGAUGAAUCAGGCACGCACCAAAUCCGUGCCCUUGUCCCAGCUGCAGCGUAUCCUUCUGCCAGCACAAAGCAGCCACAAAGCCGCCUUCCCACAAGCCUCUCCCAACAGAAGCUGAGGUGGAGGAAGGGACAUUUGUGUUCCCCAUCCCUCCGUUGCGCACUUUAUCAUGUGGCUGGGAGCUAAACCAGGGUUGUGCACUCCCUGAACGAGCAGGACACUGAAAAGUGCUGAACAAUUGGCCUGGUUCAGCACAGCUCCAGGUGUGGCCUUGCACGCUCCCAGCCUCCCAUCAAAGCUCUGCCACGGCGCUUGACUUGUUAGGAGCCAGUAUGGGCAAGUGCAGCACCUGAAAUCUGCUGUACCGCCUCGCAGAGAUCGAAGGUGGCCAUCUCGCACGGCACAACAGAAACACAUCUGUGUUUAGAAGAAGAACGUUUGUUUGCUGGUUUUUAAAAUGAGAUUAUGCAUAAAACGUACAAAAGAUACAUACAUUACUGAUGAAAUUUUAAUGAAAACUGGAAUCACACCAGGAUCAAUGUAAUAGUAUUUUCCUUGAAGUUUGAUACCUAUUUCUUGGGUCCAGUAACAGCUUAACCAUUCCCAUUCAGUAGGGUGGUGUAAAAUACCCUAGCAUCUCACUCAGCUGUUUACAUUCUUGUAGGCCUGACAAGAACAUUAGAGGCUGGUAUGAGAAGAAAUCCUUCUCUAAAUAGGAACUUCCUGAGUAAUACCGAAGGAUUUUCUGUACUGGUGGCUCCUUAUUUUUAAAGUUAGUUUUGUGGCUGGAAGAGAAGCUGCUGGAAGAUUUUCUCUGCAAACUUUCCGAGUUGUUCCAAGGGCUAAUUGAGACAGGAAUCCCCGGUUCUGUUUCUAGGGAGUUUUACCUCUGGUGUAAUACAGGGCAUAAGUCAGCUCAUUUUGGGCUGCUCGGACCCAGCUGGGAACGCACGAGCAGAGGCGCACGCUCCCUGCUUGGGGAAUAGCUCAGGAAGAUGCUGUUCCGGAGCGAGGCACGGGAAGCACUUGGCCCUUGCAGUGCGGGAGGGUCAGAGCAGGGCAGGAUGCCUCCAUGGAAUCCUUUUUCGUGGUGCAGCGAGAGCUGCUUAUCAAUGUUCGUUCCCUUUCUGGCGAUCAGGAGCUGUGACUUCCCAGGAGGCCAAGGAAGUGACUUUCUGGCCUUCCUGCUGCCUGUCGAGUCUAGCUGGAGCCAGCCAGGUUCAGGUCGUUCUGUCGUGGCAUUAUGCAUUUCGGGGCUGGACACUGCAGAGUGCUCGGUGCAUCCAGCCUCCCGUGAGUACCCUCCCACCCCCCAGGGCUCAGGGCAGACUUGCCCGGGUCUACAUCCCAGAGUACAGGUGCUGAGCAAAAGUCAUACCCGUCUCAGGCAUGGAAUAACUGUGCAAUAAAAAUAUGAAUUAUCCACAUCAGUUUGUUCAGAUAAUGCUGGGAUUUUUUGCAAGAAUCUUCAGAAUGGGAGGACGCGGUUUUUGUGCAUGGGAUUUCAGUAUUUUAACCUAGGAGGAGUUUAUUUUUCACUUAGUUUUGGGACCAGACUCAUUCCUGGUUUAGACAUGGAAGCCCUCCUUCUGCAGGGUUAGGAAACCCCACAUAUCUUUUAAAGGAGUUUUUUGAAACCAGUGGGAUUUGAAUUUGAGUGAGGAAUGAAGGAAUAGGUAUUCAGUGGGGUGGUUUAGGGAAAAUUGGAAUAAAAAUUAUAUCCUAAAGCAAAUGAACACAUCCACAGUCCCCUCAAUAUGCCUGAAUGAUGAUAAUGCAUGUCAAAGUCAAGUUUACGAGCCUGUGAUCAGAGAUUUCAAUCGUGUAUAGAAUGAAAUCCCCCUACUGAGCUGUUCAUGAAGCUUAAGAGAACUGAACUGCUAAUCAAAUGUGUCUUUGUUUCGUUUAUGUUUGAUAUUAAUGCCUUUUAAGAGCAGACAAUUUAUAAAGCAAUAAAUUAUGCUUUACAGUUGUAAUUUAU